AAUCACACGCCGGAACUACGAUUAACAGGACCUUCUGUGGCGCAAAAAAUGGAGGAUAACAUUAAAGACAUCACCCGACCUCAGAUGUAUUUGUUUGGUUGCUCACUGAAAGCAGAUAAGAAAGAGCACAAAGUUGAGUUGGAUGAUGAUGAUGAGUCUGAACAUCAGCUGUCACUCAAGGCGGUGUGUUUGGGUGCAGAGGCGGAGGAUAAAUUCCACACCGUGGAGAUGGAGGGAUUGACUUACGAUGGCAAAACGACCAAAAUCACUCUCGCUGUCCUGAAGCCAUCCGUUCUGCCUUCUCUAAGUCUGGGAGGUUUUGAGGUCACUCCUCCUGUGUCCUUUCGCCUGCGGUCCGGAGGGGGUCCGGUCUACAUCAGCGGUCAGCAUUUCGUCAGUGUAAAGGAAUCAGAUGAUGAGGAUGAGGAAGAGGAGGAGAAUAACACAUCACCGGUGAAGAGACCGUCCAACAUGACCCUCGCAAAAGUGCCUCAGAAAAAGCUGAAAAUGGACUCAGAUGAAGAUGAGGACAGCGAGGAAGAUGAUGAUGAUGACGAUGAUGAUGAUGAUGAUGAAGAGGAUGACGACAAAGAAGAAAAGACUGUUGUAAAGAGCCUCAUCAAAACCCCUCAAAAAACCCCAGAGAAGAAGAAAAGUGCAGAUAAGCAGAACGGCUCUUCAGACAAGAAAGCGGGGACAUCAGGGAAGCCCCAAACCCAGACACCACAGAAAGUAAAAGACAAGUCUCCAGCAGGGCCUUCUGGGAAGAGUCCCAGCACUCCCAGCCUUAGUGAGGUCAAAGACAAACUUACAUCAGCAUCUAAAGAGGGGAGGCCACUUCCAAAGACGGAACAGAAGUUUGAGAACUACGCUAGAAGCUCUUUCAAGAUCUCUGAUAAACAAGUGAUCAAAGACCUUUGGAACUUUUUACAAUCACUAAAAAAGUAAUGGCUGCUCUGCGCUCCCCUUCCCGUCCCGGUGCAGCAGAAGUCUGGGGUUAGCCAGUAACAGCACUUCAGCUGUGCGAUCUGGCCUCUUCCCCUCUUAACGUGAUCCGUCUGCCCUUCUCUCUAGAUGGAUAGAGCAGAACGAGCCUGAGCAAUGGCAUACAUAUCGUGCUUCAUGUUUUAUAUUUUACUUUCUUCCUUUUUUAAUCAUGGAUUCUUUUUUUUUUUUUUUUUGUCA